AUGCGUUUGUUUGAAUAACCGUCUGGAGUUUUGCCGGAGUAUAGUCGGGUAUCGACAGCCUCUUCUCUGUAACUGUCAAAACAUUUACAAGAGUCGUGCAUUUUGAGCUCUUGACGGGAUAAUGUUACCCUCAAUAGAGUAUAGCGUUUUCCAGUAUGUGAACCAAACAGGUGUUUCGGUGAAGAUGGCUUCUCUUCGGCAUCUCUCACAAAACCGUUUAUGAGUGAGAAGCAUUUUUUUUUCAACAUGAUCUUUGUGUGACGUUGAAAAAUGCCUCAUCAGUUUGGGGUUCCUGGACUUCAUAGUCCUCCGUCUCCACCGCAACGAGUUGCUGAAAGAUCUGCUAAUCAGGGUGGUGGAGGUGGAGUAGUUCCCCCAAGUCCAUUAAACUUGUUAAGUUCAAGAAUGGAUCAACGAUUGACACGUGAAGCUAUGGAGAGAUACUUAAGGGAGCGAAAUGACAUGGUUAUUGUUAUCCUCCAUGCCAAAGUAGCUCAAAAGUCAUAUGGUAAUGAGAAAAGAUUCUUCUGUCCUCCUCCAUGUAUCUAUCUCUUCGGAGAUGGAUGGCGACUUCGACAAGAGCAGCUGAUGAGAGCUGGUGAAAGUGAACAGAGUUCUCAGCUUUGUGCUUUCAUUGGAAUUGGAAGUUCAGAUCAGGAUAUGCAGCAGUUAGAUUUAAACAAUGGAAAACAGUAUUGUGCUGCAAAAACGCUGUUUAUAUCUGAUUCUGACAAAAGGAAGCAUUUUAUGCUGUCUGUGAAAAUGUUCUAUGGGACUGGUCAAGAUAUUGGAGUCUUUCACUCCAAACGAAUCAAAGUUAUCAGUAAACCAUCCAAAAAGAAACAGUCCUUAAAGAAUGCCGAUCUUUGUAUAGCUAGUGGCACAAAAGUUGCCCUUUUUAACCGUCUUCGGUCUCAAACUGUGAGCACAAGGUAUCUCCAUGUUGAAAAUGGAAACUUUCAUGCAAGUUCAACUCAGUGGGGCGCUUUUACAAUUCAUCUUUUGGAUGAUAAUGAAAGUGAAAGUGAAGAAUUUACUGUCCGCGAUGGCUAUGUCCAUUAUGGGUCAACUGUUAAAUUAGUAUGUUCAGUGACUGGUAUGGCCUUACCUCGGCUAAUCAUAAGAAAGGUUGACAAACAGAUGGCCCUCCUAGAAGCGGAUGAUCCUGUAUCUCAAUUACAUAAGUGUGCUUUUUACAUGAAGGAUACUGAGCGAAUGUAUUUGUGCUUGAGCCAAGAAAGAAUUAUACAAUUUCAAGCAACGCCUUGCCCAAAGGAGUUGAACAAAGAAAUGAUCAAUGAUGGAGCAUGCUGGACAAUUAUCUCAACGGAUAAGGCGGAGUACCAGUUCUUUGAGGGAAUGGGUCCUGUUAGGUUGCCUGUGACCCCUGUUCCUAUUGUACACUCACUUCAUCUCAAUGGUGGAGGAGAUGUUGCAAUGCUUGAACUUAGUGGUGAAAACUUUACUCCUAAUCUUCAGGUCUGGUUUGGGGAUGUUGAAGCUGAAACAUUGUAUCGUUGUCAAGAAAGUAUGUUGUGUGUUGUACCAGAAAUAUCUCAAUUUCGUGGAGAGUGGCAAUGGGUUCGUCAACCAACUCAAGUACCUGUGUCAUUAGUUCGUAAUGAUGGGGUCAUCUAUGCAACUGGGCUAACAUUCACCUACACUCCAGAGCCAGGACCAAGGCCUAAUUGUCCACCUGCUGACGAGAUUGUAAGGACGAGAAGGAGUAGGGAUGCUGAGAGGGAACGAGAUAGUCAAACUGCUGAACCUCAUAGAGAUAGUCAGAAUAAUCGUUAUCCUGCCAUUAAUGAUACACCUUGGAAUCAAGGUACCUAAAUUAUAUUUUUACUAGUUUUAACAUCAUGGAUUUUUGAACACCAAAGGCAGCUGUGUGUUUAAAGGCCCAACUUUAUGAAUGGGACCAAUAUUUUUUUUUAAGUGUAGUAUAGUAUUCUUGCUAAAUUAAGAAUUUGAUUUUGUAGACUGUAGUAAAACACCAUGCAUGUUGUGAUGUUUUUUGUACAUUACUAUACAUACUCAGACUGAAAGAAAACUAUAGUAUUCAUCUCUAUCUUUAACUUUGCCAUGUGUUCUAUUUUUCAUGAAAUGGCAUAAUUCUUGUAUGUUGAUGAGAUGUGCUGAUUUCUGUGAUUGCUGCAUGAAUGCAGUUUAUUUUUACUUUCCUGUAUUGUGUUCUAAGAGCGACCCUCAAUAAAUUUUAACCUACUUCCA